AGUCUUCUGUUCCCGGCCAAAACGCCGUGCACUCUCAGAAUAAGUGUUAUUCCUAAUUUCAAAAGCCUAAAAUCUUAAUAACAAGUGAUUCGUAUCGAAUAAUAUGUCCAGUUUGUUCGAGGAUAUUUUCGAGGUAAGAUCCUUCUAAUUGAUAUCAAACAUGUAAAAAGAAAACAAUAAUUAAGUAAUAUUGGGAAAUUGACUAUAGAUUAAAGAUUUGGAUCCUGAUGGCAGAAAAUUCGACCGCGUUUCAAGGAUAUUGGCUGAAUCUGAGUCGUUUAAAAUGGACUUAAUUCUGGACGUCAACACUCAAAUAUACCCAUUAGCAUUAGGAGAUAAAUUUCGUAUGGUUCUUGCCAACAGCUUAAGAGAAGAUGGAACCAUAGACGACGAAUAUGAUCCAUCAGAUAAUAGACCUUCCAGAGCUGACAGUUUUGAGUAUGUUAUGUUUGGAAAAGUAUAUAGAAUUGAAGGAGACGAAGACAGUGGAAGACUAGCAGCUUAUGUUUCGUACGGUGGACUUCUUAUGAGAUUGCAAGGCGAUGCAAAUAAUUUACACGGUUUUGAAGUAGAUGCAAAUAUUUAUCUAUUUUUAAAGAAAGUCGCUUUUUAAGUACUGUUGUUCUUUUGUAUAUAUAUGUUGAUUUCUUUAUAUAUAUAAUAUAUGUACAGUUAAAUCGUACGUAAUCAUUACAGAACGAAAUACUAUGGAAUUUCUUAUAAAACAUACAUUUUUGUAAAGAAGCUGGAAAUUCAUGUAGAAUUCUAAAAACAAAUCAUCGAAAUGUUUAUAAAUCAGCUUAUAGCAUCCAAGUCAAGUUGAAAAAUGUAGUCUCUGUCGAUCGGCGCAUACCACUAGAUUCUAUUUAUGAAAUUUUUUCGAAGACUUUUAAAUGCGGAUAUAAUCGAAAAUUUUUAAGAAAGUGUUUAGAUUUAAAAGAUAAGAAAUAUGCCGUCCGGAAAGAGGUUGGAUGAUACUUGGAAAACAGAUGAAUUGAAGAAUUCGUUAAAGAAAGAUGAGAAAAAGAAAUCUUCAAAAGAUAAAGAAAGAAAAGAGGACAGAGAUAGGGAAAAAAAAAGAGAUAAGAAGAAAGAUGAAGAUAGGGAUAGGAAACGGGAUAAGGAGAGACGAAAAGACGAAGAUUCCGACAGAAAGCAUAGAAAAGAUGAUGGAGAAAGGGAAAGGAGGCGUCCCAAAGAAGAUGAAGAUGAGGGAGAAAGACAAAGGAGAAAAGAAGAAAGAAGAAAACGAAAGGAGGGGGGAGAAAGUGAAAAGAAAGAGCGGAAAUAUAGAGACGAGGAUGAUGACGAGAAAAGAAGGAGAAGGAAGGAUGAAACGUCUCAAGAGCGCGAUGAACGCAGAAGACGCAGAAAAGAGGAGACUUCUCAAGAAAGAGAAGAGCGAAGGAGACGAAGGAAAGACGAAACCUCUCAAGAAAGAGACGAGAGACGAAGACGAAAGAAAGAUGAAACAUCUCAGGAGAGAGAUGAACGACGGAGAAGAAGGAAAGAAGAAACAUCUGAAGAGAGAGAAAAAAGAAAAAGAGAGGAGAGACGUAAGCGAAAAGAAGAUAAAGAAAAUGAAGAUAAUGAUGACAGGAGACGGCAUAGGAGAGAUGAAACAAGCGAAGAGCGUAGAAAAAGGCACGAAGAGAAGAAAGAGAAACGUCGAAAGGAAAAGGAAGAAAGAGAAAGGCAAGAGGAAGAGGAGAGGAGACGACAAGAAGAACUAGCAAAACAAAAUAAUGAGGAUGAAAAUAAUUAUGAUAAUUACGAAGAUGAUUUUGAGGAUUACGAUGAUGAUUUCGAGGAUGAUGCCGGAGGUGGUGAUGAUUCGGCGAAUGAUGAGCAGAAUAAUGAAAUGAGUGAUUUAAUGAAAGCAAUGAACGACGAAAAUGAACGAUUGCUUAAAGAUUCAAGAAAAAGAGAUAAUGAUUAUGACGACGACGAAGAAUCCGGAAAUGAGAGUGAUACAAGACCCGAAAAAUCUGGGUCAACUUUUAUUAAUUUUGUUUCUGCUAAACAAAGAGUGAUAUCAAACGCGGCAAUGAGUAAGACGAAGAAGAGAGGACAAGAACUUUUAAAGUUAAUUGAGUUAGAUUGCUCAAACUUGGAUAUGUUUGAUAUGCCUCCAGUCAACGAAUACGAUCUGUAUAUUAGAAGUUUUGGUAGAGCUGAUACACAACAAGUUUAUAUACAAACUAAUGAAGAUAAUGCGGAUAAAGAUAAUCAAACUGAAGAAAUUGAUUAUAGAGACAAAUGGUCUCAACACCCUCCUGAAGGCUUUAAAGCAUGUGGUACUGGAGAUGGCAACGACGAGAAUGAAAUAAGUACCAAGCCCGACGAUAUUAAAAGAUUAAAUAAAUUUUUAAACACUGCUUGCCAAGCUGUUCUAACUCUUUUGGAAGAAAAUUUAAUGGAAACAAAAUCCGAAGAGGAUCCGGGAAGAAAAAAGAGUAGAGUUGUAGUUUCUGAAGAAUAUAUUCAAUUAGCACAGCUGGAAUUUCUUAAAGAUUUUCCAGUUCGAUAUGCAACUUUUUCGCCAACUCAAAGUAAUCUACUAAUAAUUGUCCAUGAAUUUUCAUCCAAAAAAGAAGAGGCAAAUCAUAAUUAUCAAAAAGGUCUAAUUUGCAUGUGGAACGUAGGAGAACCAUCUUUCCCACAAAAAAUUUUAACUUGUGAAAAUGAGCCUAUGUGCGCGUGUUUCUCACCUAAUAAAGCAACUCUUAUAUUCGCUGGUUUGUCAGAUGGAUCAUUAGUUGUUUGGGAUUUAAGAGAAGCGUCAAAUUUUCAUAAAACUUUCAAAGAUGAAUCAGUAGAGUAUGUUUUGAGAGGUCCAACGUAUAAUACAGCUGCUAUCUUAGAAAAUGAUAAUCAUUAUGCGCCAAUAAAGUCAGUUACUGCAAUAAUUUCUCCAGACAAUACUGCAGAUUCUGGUUUCACCAAAAAUGGAUCUAGUAUUGAAGGUUUAACAUUUCAAAUAGCCACCUUAGACGAAUCAGGUGUAGUUAGUUUGUGGGUUGUCGCCGAAAUCUCAAAUCCUGAUCCUGCCGGAAGUCAAACAGAUUUUGGGCUUGCACCUGGAGGGAGGGUUAAAUUAAUUAAAAGCUCAUCAAUAUACCUUGAAUCACCUUUGCGGGAUACCAGAUUACGUAGUACUCUACAAUGCACAGAUUUUGCUGUUUUGCCUUCUGAUCCAAGUCAUUUUUAUGUUACAACAAAUACAGGAUGCAUAAUUCAUGGAAUAAGAUAUGGAGGCAAGGCUCCACCGAAAGCCUAUCGUAAUAUGCCCGAUUUACCAGUAACAGUAACCUGCAUUGACUUUUCACCGUUUACUGAACCAGUAUUUUUAACUGGUUCCGAAAAUGGAGAAAUUCAUUUAUACCAUACAAGAUCAGAAAACCCCCUUUUAUCAUGGUCUGAUACAACUGAAGGACGUGCCAUCAAGUUCAUCAAAUUCUGCAGAUCUAGGCCUUCCGUUUUUUUUGUAGUUGAUGAAAUGAAUACGUUAUAUAUAUGGGAUUUAUCUAUGCUUGAUUCAGGGCCAGCUAAAACUGAGAAAAUUUCUGAAAUAAAUCUAAAAGCCUUUUGCCUUUCAAAUGAUCACUCUGCAACUGGACAAGGCUUACCUGGUAGAAAACCUCAGAUGAUUUUAGCAUUUGAAGAUUCUGUAGUAGAAGUUCAUACAGUUAGUCAGAAAUUUUCUGCGUUAUUUCCUGAGGAAGUGGACCAAUUUGCAGAAUUAAUUAAUAAUUCUCUAUGA